AUGGGAAAGAAUAUAAGGAUAUUAAACAGAUUAUUUUUUAUCAAAAGAAAUAACUUUUGCUCUUCUAACUUAACUUAUUUAAAAAAUAACCAAAAAGAAUUACUUAUAAAAUUAGCUGAUAAAAGCAUUUCAGAUGUAAGUGAGAAGAAAGAAACAUUAAAAAUAAAGAAAAUUCAGAACAUAUCAAAAAUUUUCAAAUCAUUGUAUGAAGAAUUAGAUAUAUAUAAACAACUAUUAAUGGAAAGUUUAAAUGACAAAGAAGAUUUUCAAAAAAAAAUUUUAAAUGAUGAUGAUAUAAAACAAUUAAAUAAUAAUAUACAAAAUGUACAAGACACUGUUAUCGAAAAUAUUAUUGAUUUUUAUAAAAACUUUGUUAAUGAGGAUCAUCAUUUAGAUACAAAUGAAAUUAAAAUAGAGAUAACUGCAGGAGUAGGUGGAUUAGAAUCUAAAAUGUUUUGUAAAGAAUUAUUUAGUAUGUAUGAAAAUUUUUGUAAAAUUAAGAAUUAUGAAUACGAAAUAAAAAAUAAAAUAGGUGAUGAUGUUAAAGGAAACAAAAGUAUUGUUGCUUAUAUAAAAGGUAAGAAUGUAUAUGAAGAUUUUGCACAAGAGAUAGGUAUUCAUAGAGUUCAAAGAAUUCCCAUAAAUAGUAAAAAAAUUCAAACAUCUACAUCAAUUGUAUUAAUAUUUGACGAAAAAAGUAAAAUGGACAAAAUAAAAAAGAAAAUAAAUUUUUCUAAAAAAGAUUUAAUUAUUGAAACAAAAAGAUCAGGUGGGGCUGGAGGGCAAAGUGUAAAUAAAAAUGAAACGUGUGUUAAAGUUAUUCAUAAACCAACUAAUAUUUUUGUUGAAGUUCAAAAAACUAGUAGCCAAAUUCAAAAUAAAAGUAUUGCUAUUGAAUUAUUAAAAAAUAAACUAUAUAGUUUUUAUUAUGAACAAGAAAGAAUUAAUUUUCUAAAAGACAAAAAGAGCCAAAAGCAAAGUGGUGAUAGAAGUGAAAAAAUUCGAACAUACAAUUUUUUGCAUAAUGUUGUUAUAGACCAUAUUGCAAAUGUAGAAUUUUUUGAUAUUGAGAAAUUUUUCAAAGGAAAUCAUUUAAUUCAAUUGAUUAAUAAAAGAAAACAAAUAUUUUAUCAAAACAUUAUUGAUGAAACAUUAAAAUAUAUUUUUUCUUUUAUUGAUAAUUAA